AUGAUCAACACACACCUGACCAGCGUGGCCCCUCCACCGCUGCCCCCGCGCCAGCACCAGAGUGUCGCACCGGUGAUGGUCCCCUAUGACCUCCUGCCAAAGCCCCACAGCAGGGGCCUCAUCCGCUUCAUGUUCACAGUGGUGCUGCUCAACCUGCUCCUGUCCAUGUUCGGCUUCUUCUACCUUUACAAGAACGGCACAACACAAAGAAAACAGGACAUGAAAUCCUCAUUUAGUCACGCCGAGCCUUCAAUGCAAAAGCAGCACAGUCACCACGUCGAGAAGAGAGAGUCUCACACAGUCUUUGCACGGAUGACGGUCCUUCAGCCAACCACACCACCAAAACCCCAUCCUGGACAUCUGAAGUGGGACAUGAGGCACAGUCAGUACAGCCGUCCACACAUCAACUACUACAACAGUAGCUGGCUGACUAUCGAGAAACCAGGAUACUACUUUGUUUACUCCAGGGUGACAUUCUCCAGUGGACACUCCACCAUACCUCUGACCAACAGAGUGGACUGGAGAAAGACCCAGACGGGUGAACCCAAACCAAUAAUGCAGGCAUUUUGCCACACAAUAUCCACCCUGUGCACCGCCUCUGCAGAAGACGUGGUGCAGCUGGAAACAGGGAACCAGCUGAGUGUAUGGACCGAGGACUUGUCACUGAUCAGUUAUGAAGAAACAGGUACAACUCUCGGGUUGUUUAGUCUAUAA